GCCGACGACGACGUGCAGAUGAUCCGCCCGAGCGGGAAUCCGUUGUCGAAAGCGGAGUGGGCGACAAUGUUCGCGUCGGAGGACGUCGUCAUCGAAUCCGACGAACUCGUCUCGAUCGACUCGGUCCGUAUCUUUGCGGGCGGCAACGCAGCCGUGGCGACGUAUUCGAAGCACUCAAAGUUCAUCUACAAGGGCGACGAGAACGACGACUAUGCCGUCUUCUCCGCUACGCUGGAGAAGAAGGGCGGGGACUGGAAGGUCGUCUUUGUGAUGCGUGCGACGGGC